AUGGUCCAGCUGAGGCUUCGGUUGCAAACGGGGGCACUGCUGCCGUCACAGCGCUGAGCGAUGACCUCGAUAUCUUCGGUCCGAUGAUCUCCAACCCUUUACCAGCAGCGGCCGUACCUCCUGCGCAGAGCACUUCCACUAAAGCAGCAGCCGCCCCCUUGUCCGCAGCAUCGGGGGAUCUGGAUCUGUUCACGGAGCCAACGACGAAAUCCGAGGAGUCUGCGAAGAAACAGCUCUCCAAGGACUCCAUCCUGUCCCUGUACGGCACAGGGACCAUGCAGCAGCAGAACGCUCCGGGUAUGUUCAUGGGCUCGUCCUCUAUGCCGUUCACCACACAACCGUCGACUCAUUUCCAAGGCUUCCCAGCCAUGGGAGUUCCUGUGCCCGCAGCGACCGGGAUGAUGGGAAACAUGAUGGGACAGUCGGUGCCAGUGAUGGGACAGAGCACGGGCGUGAUGGUAGGCAUGGGAAUGCCCAACGGGUUCACUGGUACCACACAGACUGGUGUGAUGGGACUUCCUCAGAACGUCGUGGGACCUCCGGGCGGAAUGGUGGCACAGAUGGGGACACCGCAAAACAAGUACGGCCUGCAGCAAAACCAGCCAGCGCAGUGGGGCCUCUCGCAGAUGAACCAGCAAAUGGCAGGAAUGGCCCUCAGCACCCCCAGCCCCGCCAUGGGCUUUGGGCAGCCCCCCAGCACAGCCGCGGGGUGGACGGGGAGCUCCUCGGGCCAGACUCUCAGCACGCAGCUCUGGAAAUGA